AUUGGCUGUCGUCAGAAAAUGAAGUGAUUCGUUGAACCUUACUAUUUUAAGCAAAUUGCAGACGUUGCUCCGUCGUAUGUGCGGACGUAUAGUCGAUGAAGAACACAGCUUCCUCUGGCAUUUGUCUGCGAAAACAAAUGGAAGAGUGUUAUCUAAAGCGUGUUAUCUUUUGUUUCGAAAUUUUGCCUUAGAUUUACGUAUUUUGUGAUGGCUAACCGUGAACCUGGACGUGAAAUACACGACGCUAUCGAUGAAGGGUAUGUCGAUGUGGAUCUUGGCGAUUUGUCGGACACUUUCUCAGGUAGGCAGCCAGAGAAAAAUGGAAGCCCCGGUUCAUCCUCUGUGUAUGGAUCAACUAACGGAGGUGUACGAAAUCUAUCCACCAGAAAUUUGAUUCCAAUAAGAAAAAAUGAUGAAAGGAUCAGAGAAACGAUGCCGUUGGACCGUGCUAGUUUAUUCUCGUUCAUUACGUACAGCUGGUUGACGAAAUACAUGAAAAUAGCGUAUAAUCGUGGACUCGGCAGUGAAGACAUUCCCCUCUGUUCUCCCAAAGAUAGUUGCGAUCACGCAGCGCAAAGACUGGAACGAUUAUGGAAUGAGGAAGUAAAACGCCGUGGCCUUGAGGAUGCCUCUUUACAACGGGUCAUUUGGAAAUUCACACGUUCACGAGUUCUGAUGAACAUCGUUAUAUAUCUAAUAUCAAUCGUCUUCGGAUUCAUUGGACCGAUCUUCUUUAUGAGCCGGUUAGUACAGUUCUGUCAGGACCACGACAAAGUGUGGUGGCACGGUGCACUUUGGGCAGCCGGAAUGGCCGGCUCUGAACUCACGCGUGUUUUACUCUUUGGCGUAGCUUGGGGCAUCGCUUACAGGACGGGCACACGACUCAGAUCAGCCGUCAUGACGAUGCUGUACAAGAAAGUGAUCCGCCUCUCUACUUUGGGCGAUAAGUCCAUUGGUGAAAUGAUCAAUUUGUUUGCCAAUGAUGGCCAGAGGAUUUAUGAAGUGGCUAGCUUCGGGCCUUUCAUCAUCGGUGAUCCUUUCGUCGCCACAAUGGGUACCGGCUACACGAUUUGGCUGUUGGGUCCGCAUGCUGCUCUGGGCAUGCUUGUCUUUGUCCUCUUCUAUCCAGUACAAUAUCUAGUGUCCACAUUGACCGGAUAUUUCCGUCGCCGGACGUUAACCGCCACCGAUCAGAGGGUUCAGCUAAUGAACGAGCUGUUAAUCUGCAUUAAACUGAUCAAGAUGUACGCAUGGGAAAAGCCGUUCUCCAAAAGCAUUAAAAAAAUUAGAGAAAAGGAGAAACGUUUUCUUGAAUCCACGGCCUACGUCCAGUCCGCAAGUGUUGCACUCACGCCCGUCGUGCCCAUCAUCGCAGUCAUCGUGACUUUCCUGGCCCACAUUGGAUUUGGAUACGACCUUUCACCUGCCGAAGGCUUUGCUGUAGUUGCUGUCAUGAUCUCAAGAGUUCGACCUUCAUUGAACGGCGCCCGUGAAGCUUUGAAAACAUGGGACGAAGCCAGGGUCAUCUGGCCUCGUAUUAAGAGCGUUCUAUCCAUGGAGGAAAGCAAGCCUUUCUCCGAGAAGCCAAUUGAUCGCAGCAUUGCGUUGUCAAUUUAUAAUGGAUCGUUCGUAUGGCGAGAAAGUGCCAUAACUAAGACCAGGGCUAAACGCAACAGAAAUUUAUGGAGGCGCAUCUGCUGUUGUUGCGGACAAGGCGACAUCGAGAAGGAAGUACUCACAUCAUUGGUCCAGCCAAAAUCGAUCCCUGUGCUCAUCAGCAUUAAUCUCAUCGUACCUAAGGGCCGUUUGAUUGGCGUUUGCGGGACUGUGGGAUCAGGAAAAUCUUCGCUGCUAUCGGCCAUUCUCGGUCAAAUGAUUUUAGAACAAGGCCGGGUCACUAUUGAUGGAUCUUUCGCUUACGUCUCACAGCAAGCGUGGAUCAUGAAUUGUACUCUAAAAGAAAACAUUCUCUUUGGUGAACCCUUCGAAAUGGAAAAGUAUAACCGCGUGCUGAUGGUGUGUGCCCUUGAUCAGGACAUUGGUAUCCUUCCGGCUGGCGAUCAGACGGAAAUCGGCGAAAGAGGCAUCAAUCUCUCGGGCGGACAAAGGCAGAGGGUGUCCUUAGCUCGGGCCAUCUACGCAAACAGGGAUAUCUAUUUACUGGAUGACCCUCUGAGUGCCGUGGACAGUCACGUUGGCAAUCACAUUUUCAAUCACUGUAUUCGCGGAGCUCUUAAGGAGAAGACGGUCAUGUUCGUGACUCAUCAACUGCAGUAUCUCAGCCAGUGCGACGAAGUUAUCUUCAUGGAUCAUGGAAGGAUCCUGGAUCAGGGCCGUCACAGUGACCUGUUGAAUCAGAACGAACGAUAUGCAACGCUGAUCAACACGUUUUUGCACGAAGAAAGUGAAACAAACUUGGACGAAGUAGUCAGCAAUUCAGAUGACGAUCAGACCGUGUCAAAAAUUUCCGGCCGAGCUUCUCCCGAAAGCGCCACCUUUAAGAGGAAACAGUUUGGGAAAAAGACGAGUUUAUCGACAUCAACCGAAUUAGUGCUGAGUAAACAUUCAGUUACCGACGAUGAGUUAUAUUCGAAUGUGGACACUGGCGGCCGUCUGAUCGAAGAGGAGAAAAUCGAAGUUGGAUCGAUCCCAUCGCACACGUACAAAUCCUACAUCAAGUCAGCUGGAGGAUACAUUCUUGCUGCUUUCGUUCUUUCCAUGUUCGUCGUCAACGUAGUUGGCACUGCGAUGAGUUCGUGGUGGCUUGCCCAUUGGCUUAACACUGGCGUCGUGAAUGCCACUAGGACGGUUGGUAAUGAGACCGAGUACUACCCGAGCGUCCGAGCCCAUCCCGAUCUUCAUUUCUACGAACUUGUUUACGGCUUGUUCAUCUUAGUCAUCGUCUUUUCUAGUUUGAUGCGUAGUUUAUUCUUCAUCAAGGCUUCGUUACGUGCGUCCAACUUACUGCACAAUCGGCUACUCGUCAAAGUGUUUAACAGCCCCAUGUCUUUCUUUGAUUCAACGCCAGUUGGCCGGAUCCUCAACAUAUUUUCACGGGAUCUCGACGAGACUGAUUGCCGCUUACCUUCGUGCAUCGAGGCUCUCGUUCAGAACAUGCUCGUUGUGUCGAUGUCUAUCACGUUCAUUGCCAUGGUCGUCCCUUGGUUUCUCAUUGCUCUUCUCCUCUUGGCUGUUAUAUUUAUCCUGGUCAGUCGCACCUUUCGAUGCGCCCUGCGUGAUCUCAAACGGCUGGAGAACGUUUCACGGUCGCCAAUUUACAGUCACGUCACGGCCAGCGUGAGUGGCUUGAACACGAUCCAUGCAUUCGGCAAAGAACGAGCCUUCGUCUCCAAAUUUAUGAACUUGUACGAUGAAAACUCGUCGGUCUUUUUCUUGUUCACCUGCAGCAUGCGUUGGCUUGCAGUCCGAUUGGAUUUCAUCGCAGUUUGCAUUAUUGGCGUUACGGCUGGACUUGUUGUUGUCCUUCGUGGAAUGAUUCCACCGGCAUUUGCUGGCCUGGCUUUAGCGUACGCUGGCCAGUUGACAGGCAUUCUGCAAAAUACCGUGCGUUGGGCCUCCGAAACGGAAUCCCGUUUCACAUCCGUUCAACGCAUGGAAACGUUACUAGACACGUUGGAAAGCGAAGGACCGGCGGUUAUUAAAGAGCGUCGCCCACCAAAUGAUUGGCCCCAAAAAGGUUCAAUCGUGUUCACAAACGUCAACAUGCGUUAUCGGCCGAAUCUACCAUUGGUCCUUAACGAUGUUUCCUUUCACAUCAAGCCCAAAGAGAAAAUAGGCAUCGUCGGUAGAACGGGUUCGGGGAAAUCAUCGUUGGGCGUGGCGUUAUUCAGAUUAGUUGAUCUGAUAUCUGGUGUCAUUGAAAUCGAUGGCAUUAAUAUAGCAGAAAUAGGACUGGAAGAUUUACGGUCCAAAUUGUCUAUUAUUCCGCAAGAUCCGGUGCUUUUUAUCGGUACCAUCCGGUACAAUCUAGACCCUUUUCAAAAGUAUGAUGACGACGUUAUUUGGGAGGCUAUCGAACGAACUUACAUGAAAGACAAAAUCAAAGCACUGCCCGACAAGCUGGACAGUCCAGUCAUCGAAAACGGUGAAAACUUUUCUGUUGGCGAGAGACAACUACUGUGCAUGGCUCGAGCUCUUCUCCGACAUAGCAAGAUUCUCUUAUUGGAUGAGGCCACGGCGGCCAUCGAUACUCAGACGGACGCGUUGGUACAGCAAACUUUGCGUGAAGCUUUUGAAGAUUGUACUAUCCUGACAAUUGCUCAUCGCCUUAACACAGUCAUCCAAUGUGAUCGUGUCCUUGUCCUUCAAGGUGGAAUGGUUGUGGAAUUCGACAAUCCUUUGGUUCUCUUGGCGAAUGGUCGUUCAUCCUUUGCUGGAAUGAUGGCCGCAGCACAACACAGAAAUGCCUUUUUAUUGUAG